AUGGCUUCCGCAGGAGCCCCGGUCCUGCCCCCCAUGCCCGACUUUUCAUCACACAACAAUCCUUUUUCAACCGCAGGCGACAUGAAAUUUCACCUUCAAAACCUGCUUGACAGCAAGGAGAAGCAGCUCCAACAAGCAGGCAGUCUCGGGCAGCGGGUUCUUGCCCAACAGAUGGAGUUGGAGGAGCGCAUACGGCAGCUGCAGGAGCUCGAGGCAGAUAAGGACGAGGACGAUGAGAUAGACGAAGACGCUCGCGACCGCUAUCGCGAGCUUGCGGACACUAUCACGGCCUGGGACCAGGAGAACGCGCAGCUAUCAAGUGCCUUUGGUGGCAGCUCAAAGCGCUUUCUGAAUGGUGCCUCGCAUUCGCCUGCCGCACCUUACUCGGACCUGCCUCGCGAGGAACCAGAACGUGUAAAGCCUUCUGCGGGGACCUCGGCUGCACAAUCGCGACGCGCAAAAAAUGCCGCCCAUCGAGCUGACGACGUCGAGUUUGCGUUCGAAAUCGGCAGCGGGCUCCUUACCGAAGUCAGACGUCUUCAGAGUCUCCUCGGCGAACGGGACAAGGCUAUUCAGGACAUGAAAGAAGAGAAGGAUGACCUCGAAAAGUCUGUGGAAGCACUCAGGACCGCCCUAAGGCAGCAAGAGCAAAACGCUGAUAAUUCCAAGGAAGAGAACUGGAAUCUGCUGGUCACCCUCCAAGAGAUCCGCACACAACUCAGUGACUCGCAAGCCACCGCCCAACGCCUCGAAUCCGAAACCAAGCAACUCACUCGAAAACUUACCCUUGCCCGUGAUGCUGAAGACCAACACAAGAAUGAAAGCGAACGCCUCCAGAACAUCAUUGAAGAGAUGAAGGCCAAGCACGAGACAGAUGUCGCACAGGCUCGUAAGAACGCAGCUGGUCUUGCACGCGAUAAAUCCGAUCUUCAGCAAACAAUCGACACCUUGAAGGCUGAAGCUGCUCGCGCGGCAAGGCGUAUUCCUCGGUAUGGCUCGCCUCUCACACCCGGGAGAGACGACCAGAAGGACUUCCUAACGCCCGCUGGACACGACAUAGACGGCGAAUCUGACAUCUUUGGCACCACAGGACGAGGGUCCGUCAACCGCAGGAAUCUGGAUGUCGCGGGCCUGUUCCCUCCUGACGAUCUAGGAGACGACUUUGGCGACUCCCCCGAGCCCUCACCCCUCCGCAAGCCCUUCCUGGCGGCGAACCACCCGAGCAACGAAAUCGAAGCUCUCCAACAAAGGCUGGCACACGCCCAGAGGCAGAUCAACACGCUCAAAGGGUCAUUGAACCGUGAGAAGCAGCUCCGUAUGCGGUUGGAAGGCUCGGCCGGUGGCGCGGGUGCAGAAGAUGACGGCGAAGAUGAGGAGGGCGAGGAAUAUGCGGACGAGAACACCGCUGUGGCUGAGAAACAGCGCGCUCCGAAGAGAUUGACGCCGUUCAAGGUUGGAGCUGGACGUGGGCGUGGAAGAGGUCGCGGUCGGGGUGGUAUUUCCCUUAUUCAACGACUGGGGAUGGCCGCUUCGAGCCCAGCCUCUGCAUACAACGACGAUGGCGAACCAAGAUUAGACGACUCGCCGCCGCCGCCCGUGCCUUCACUCCCAAGUCAAUAUGGCCAAUCCUUCGACGAUGAAGACGAAGUCUCGCAGUUCUUCGGAAGCAACCAAGACCACAACCAACAGCAGGAGAACGAGGAAGAAGAGGAACCAGCGCCUCGAUCACCUUCUCCGCCCGCCCCGCCUUCGAACCGGACGAGUGUGGAUGGCAUGGACCCUGCGUUUGCCAACGUUCUGCGCCGUGUGCCCUCCAACGGAUCCUCAUACGGUAGCCCUCUCCGCCAGGCCGUCCUCGGCCGCUCAGCGCGCGGCGGUGCUCGCCGUCCGAGAGGUGGCGCCGCGUUCCAGCAGGCGCGGCCGCCGUCGAUCGUCGACGCGCCCGAAGUUUUGUCCUUCGAGCUUGGCGGUGUCGACUCAUCUCCUUUGAAAGGAAACACAUCGCUGUUGAAUGAAGCGGAGAUCAUUGAAGAGGGCGAGGAUGGUGAGGAGUAUAUCAGGGUGAAGAAGGUCGAGAAGGUCGAAUUUGGUUGCCAGACCGAGGUUGUAGAAGAGGAGAAGACGGUCGUGCUGCCUGAACAGCCAGUCGUUGGCCCAGCGCUGGUUGAGCCACCGAAGCCGGCGGUGAUGCACAUGGAGAUUGGCAUUCAGUCAGAGCCGGAGCCCAUUCCUGCGCCUGUACCUGUGGUGGUGACGCCCAAGAUCGUCACUGCAGAGAUGGCCCUCCAGACGGAGCCUGAGCCAGCCGUUGUGGUCGCGAAGUCUGAUAUGGCGAUCCAGCAUGCUGCUCCGGAGCCUGUUCUACCUCCAGCUCCGGUCUUGGUGGACAGUGGAGUUGCCACCGAUCCACUGCCCGAGCCUGUCUCUGUUGGCAAAGGCUUGCCUCCUCUCGUCAUUGCCGAUGGCAGCCGAAGGUCGACGAUCACUCAAUACGACGUCUCGCGUGCAAGCACCAGCGCUGGCGACACAACUAUUACCCGUAGCUUCCUGGCUGCAGGUCGGGUUGACGAAGACGAUGAAGAGCUGGACGAUGGCGAGGAGACAGAGACCGGUGCCGAGACCGAGGACGACUACCACGACGCGAGGCAGAGCAUUGCAAUGACUACGCCCUCGGAGGACUUCCACUCUGUGCUGACGAUGACAGACAAUGACUACUCGGACGACGACGACGACGACGCAGAGAGCAUCAAGGCCUCUCAUUUCGCCCGCUCGACAAGCUCGAUCGACCGCCCAGCGACCUCAGCGUCAUACUAUGAGCAUACACCUGCAAGCUCAACGUCGCAGGUAUCGUACGAGACCGUUGGUGUCAGCGCAAAUCUGUUUGUGCCACCGGAACCCAUCAUCAAGUACGUCGAGGUUCCGGUGGAAGUUCCGGUGGAGGUCCCAGUGGAGGUCGAAGUUCAGGUGCCAGUCGAAGUUCAAGUACCAGCGCCGAAGCCGGAGGUCAGGGAGAUUUCGAUCCAGACAGACGACUGGAAGCCGCCUGCACCGGUGCUCACACCUGUCUUCAUCCCGCCGCCAGGGCCCAAGCCGCUCGCCUCGCCUGGUCUCUUCCGUGUUGUGUCUGCGACUCAGCAGUUCCAGUUCAUCCCUCCUCCCUCAGCAACUUCUUCCAAUGGACAUCCGUUGGCGAGCCCUGGGCCCAUGUUUACGACACCCUUACCUUCACCAGGUCCCCUCGCCAGUAUGUUCCGCGAGUCCAAUGGCACCCUUGCCCGUCGUACAACAGGUUCUGACAGACGCCAGUCGAUUGAGUCGCUCGUCUCGUCGGGUACCGGCCCAGAGGAUCUGUCGAGCAGGUCGCGUGUGCCCUCAUCGUCGACGACUGGCAGUGGCCUAUUGACGUCUGUAGACAAGACGAGGCCGCCGAUGAUGUCUCUACCUCCGCCGCCCAAGCUGCCACCCCCGCCGAACAGCAUGCCUCCACCUAACUUCAUCCCAGACCGCAGGAUGCUUGCGAGCUCGAGUGGAUCGCACGAUGGACCUCCGCCAAGACCCUCUUCGCCUCCACCGGCAGAACUGAUUCAACGAGCAACAACGCCUCUGGGCCACUUGCUGUCUGCGUCAGGAGGCAAGUACUCCAGCGUUGGCCGCCAACAUGGAUCGAGCAUGCCUCCUUCGCAAGCCAACCUACGCCAACCGCCAUCGACAAGCAGCUUCAGGUCGGCUGCCAACGCUGCCAGCCACGCCUCCGUGCCUCCUUCGCAGACCCUUUCAUCGUACAACGUCAGAGAGUCAACACGGAGAGAGUUCUCUUCAGCGUCUCUUACUUCCGAGCGCAGUAUGGCGUCGCCACGGUCGUCUAUGUCUUCUGAACACCGCCCGUAUGCGUCCCCCGUGCGCGGGCCCAACGAGCCCCCGACAACGCCCAAUAAGACGGCGGACAUUACCCCACGGGCUAACCAGAAUCAGUCCACGGACCCUGCCGUCAUCCAUGCCAUCACCCAGACAAUGAUUGGCGAGUUCAUGUACAAGUAUACGCGCAAGGCGAUCGGCAAGGGCGUGGGCGAGAAGAGACACAAGCGCUUCUUCUGGGUCCAUCCGUACACCAAGACACUCUACUGGAGCUCGGCGGACCCUGGCUCAUCGAACGUCUCCGAGUCGAGCGCGAAGAGCGCGUAUAUUGAGGGCGUCCGCUCGGUGCUUGAUCCCAACCCCAUGCCGCCUGGUCUGUACCAGUACAGCGUCAUCGUGUCCACCCCGCAACGUGAGAUGAAGAUCACUGCUCCAACGAAGGAGAGGCAUGAUAUUUGGUUGAAUGCUCUCAAAUAUCUCCUUGCUCGUCCCAGCAAUCCGAAUAUUAUGUCUCCUGGAAACAACACCGAGUUGCCUCAGACUCCAGGUUCGGGAGAAACAGAUGAUGAACGGAUAUCUCGACCUCGUGCUCUUGCGAGUCCUAGAAGCCAGCGUAGCGGUAGGAGCAUUGGGAGGGGCGAUCAGUGGAAUACGACACCCCGUGGGCAACGCAGUCGUUCGCAACUCUCAGUGGGCGGAUCCGUCAGCAAGCGCUCUGGAACUCCUGCACUCGAGUACUUGAGAUGGAACGCUCCUGAGAGCCCAUAUAGCCCCGACCGCUCUUUCGUUGACGUUCCAGCUCAGGACCCGGAAGAUCUUGACUUCGAGCUGCACGACGAGUCGUCUGAAGAAGGUUUCGAGGGCCUGGAGAAUGUCCGCGCCUGCUGCGAUGGCCGGCACACCGUGGGCCACUCUGGGAAACACUACCACCAUCAUCACAACCACCCUAUUCAGAACCAAGGCACUCUCACGAGCAGAAGAAGCACCGACAACCAACACCUAGAUCCCGGUCCUCAGGUGCAAGAGCGUCCGUCGUCGCCUGCUUGGUCGUUCCGUUCGAGGACAGGCAGUACUCAAUCGCAUGAUGGCGGUGGUCUAUUCUCGUGGGGCCGCGGCGAGGAUGGCAAGCUUCGAUUCGGCUCGCGGCGUUCUGCGAAGACCUCUGUUCCUGCUCACGACUAA